AUGACCCUCGGUUUCAAGGAGGAAAAGACAGGUGAGAACAAGGGGGAUGAGAAAAAAAAAAAAAUCCAUCUGGAAAGGGAGGAUGAAAGCGGCGCAGGGGACCGAGGGAGAAAAACAAGAAAACAGCAAAUCAGAGCGUGUGUAAGACACGCGGCAGGCACAAGCUUUUGUUCCUCUCUCGCUCCGCCUUCGUAUAGUCUACAGUGUGUACGCACUACGCAGGACACACAGUGCACACGCCCUCGUUGCUUUCCCCGGCCGGUCAGCGCAACGAACGAUCCUCCCGACCGAGUCGAAAAGUGGAUAAUGCCAGCCUCUGCGGAUGCGCAUGCGCCUAUCACAGCUGCCAACACUGGCUUUCUCACUGGGGCCGUCUCCAGUCGAGACUCCACUGGAUCGAUGUCGUCCUUUGCUCCUCCUUCAGUCACCGUGUCUGACCACCUCAGCCGUGACGCAGACCUUGUCCAGUGCCUGCCCAGAAUCCUCGCAAGGCCAAACCAGGGGAUACAACCUUUUUGCCCCCAGUUACCAUCCUUGGGUCUCGUUGGCUCAACGUGA